GUCCUUCGUCGCUGUGGUCGUUGGUUGCCUGAGCGCAUGGGCCGUGUGCCAGUGCUUUGUGAGCUCGCCCGUCGCGAAUCGCGAGGUCAAUGUGGCUGCAGCUGCGGCGGUGAAGUACGAAACGGACAUGCCUGCUGAGAACGGCGUCUACCCCGUGGGCAACGCCAAGCGGACGGCGCCCUACGGCGAGCGCGACCCCCUGCCGGAGGGUUACGGCAUCCGCACUGGCCUGUCGGACUUGCUGAAGCCCCUGAACGCGGAGGCAGGCGUUGUUGCGAAGGAGGACAGCAUCCCGACCGUCUUGGUCAUGGUGACUGGCAUCGUCAUGCUUUUCCUGUUCUACUUGCUGCUGUUGCUCCUCGACAACCAGUCCGUUCUGCUGCCGCCGGAGGAUGAGUUCGACGAGUACGUGCAGAACUUCCUCCCGUACUUCUUCUUCGGCGAGAAGUGA